UCGCAUCGGACCACUCACUUCUUCUCAUCUCGCUCUGCAACACUGUAUUUUUCCUUGGGCUUUGACCUGAGUGAGAGGCGCCGGUGCAAGUUUUUUUGGGUGGCGAAUUGCAAAGCACCGACGUCAUGGAAGGCAUGAGGCAAACGCACUUCCCUGACUGACGUUCUUAGAUUGGGACAGCCAACUCGGAACCUUCGCCACACAUUCUGGACGAAUUGUAUCUACCUCCAUCUGACCACAAGGAGCUAGACAUCGACAGUUAUCAUGCUACCUACAGGUCCUCCAACUUUAGCUUUUCCUAGUCGUCGUGCACCCAUGGACAAGGCAGAAGCCACAGAUGCCGACGCCCCCGUCCGUGCCACAGACAACGAUGCCGCUUUGGCUCGCCUCUCAGCUGUUCAAAAACACUAUCUCGCUGAUCCGUACAUCUCGGCUCUCGUCCCCAGGGCACACUUCCAACAGCCUCGCCCGCCACUGAUCAACAUCGGGACGUAUCUCAGGGCACAGGGCAUAGAUGAGCUGGUGGAGAACUGGAUGAAGACAGCUGGGGAGAUGGAGGACACUGACGAGGAGAAGAAGGUGCAGAUCGUCAGCUUGGGGGCUGGCAGCGAUACGAGGUUCUGGAGGCUUGCGGCAGGACCGCAUGCAGCUCAAGUAGCAAAAUAUGUCGAACUUGACCUCCCAGAGAACACGUCUAAAAAGGCGAUGGCAGUGCGAAAGAACAACGCCAUGAAUUCGCUGCUAGGGCAAGACGUCAAAAUUGAGGGUGGGGGCACAACGCUUCGCUCACAAGUCUAUAAUCUCCUCCCCAUCGAUCUUCGCCAUCCACCUUCCACCACCCUCGCCACAGUCCUUCCGACAUUACUCUCUCCAACACUCCCAACUCUGCUUCUCUUCGAAUGUGUGCUUGUAUACCUUACUCCUGCCACCUCGGAUGCCCUCCUCCGCUGGUUUGUCGACUACUUCACCGCGCCGUCCAAUGUGGAGCAGAGGACGGGGGUCCUUGGGGCCGUUGUUUAUGAGAUGUUUGGACUCGGAGAUUCGUUCGGACGUGUCAUGUUGAACAACCUCAAGGCCCGCAAUGUUUUGCUUCCAGGAGCGGAGCCGUAUCCCGAUGUUGCAUCGCUCCCGCAGCGCUUCCUACGACUGAAUUUCACUUCUGCUCGAGCGUUAACGCUACGCCACAUUCGGCAUUCAUACAUAUCUAAAUCUGAGCUUGAGCGACUUACCACCCUCGAAAUGUUGGAUGAGAUAGAGGAGCUCGAUCUUGUGUUGGAGCAUUAUGCCAUUACUUGGGGUGUAUAUAUCCCGCCAGGACAUUCGGAACAGACGAAGACUGGAUGGGUGGAAUGGGGACUGAAACAGAAGGUGAGGUCGCGAGCAUGAUGGAUGAACUGCAUGUUUAGGGAAGGUCGCCAAAUAAUACUGCAUCUGCAAUCGGUGUGUCAAC